AUGACUUAUAGGAUGAACAACUUGGUUAACCAGAUAAAGACUCUGACCUCUAAAGAAGAUGAGACAUGCGAGGAUGAUAAAAUGAAGCAAACUUCAAAGAAAAAAGUGUACAAUGAUAGCAAUAAGAACAAUAUUGUUGCUAUGGAAAAAGGACAUCUUGGGUUUGUUAAGGUUAACAUGGAUGGAUUGCCAAUAGGGAAGAAAGUGGAUCUAAAUGCUUCUUCUAUAUAUGAGACUUUAGCCCAAGCAUGGGAGGACAUGUUUGUUAAUCCAACCACAGGCAUCACUUCCUUUCAUGAGUGUUUGAGUGGAGAGAGUGAGCAAUCAAGAAUGACCACCAAGCUUUUAAAUGGAUCAUCUGAAUUUUCGCUCAUUUAUGAAGAUGAGGAGGGGGACUUAAUGCUCGCCCGUUUCAUUCAAGUUCCUAGAUACUUUGGACAGGCAGAGGCCUAUGUUGUUGGAAAAGACAAUAUUGUCUUUGGAAAGUUAGAUGUUAUGUAA